AUGUCACUUCCCGUGAUCGACUUAUCCCCUUUCUUAGAUGCUUCGUCCACCUCGGAGGACCGCGCAAAAGUGGCGCGUUCCAUCAAUGAUGCCUGCACAGAAUUCGGCUUCUUCUACCUCACAGGCCACGGAAUUCCGCAAGCAAAGCUCGAGGAAGUCAUAUCCCUAGCGCGGCAAUUCUUCGCUUCGCCUCUAGAAGAGAAGAACAAAAUCAAAAGGCACGAUGCGGGCAGCCCUGAGGGUGGUGACGGUGCAAGAGGCUACCAAGGUAUGGGAGAAAACGUCACGCAAGGCAAGAAAGACAUGCACGAAGCGAUAGACCUCUAUCGAGAAUGGGACCAUACCCCAAAAGCCGAAGGAACAGGCGGACCAGGAACACGAAGUACACUCCAAGGAACCAAUCUAUGGCCUGGAGAGCCCAAAGAGCUGAAAUCUACGUAUCUGGAGUAUAUCGAUCAGCUGCAGUCCGUCGGAACAGCACUUGUGCACGCAAUGGGCCAAGCGCUCGAUCUCCCAUCCCCAGAUCUCAAGUCCACUGCAACCUCCGUGACGGAGGAUUCAGAAAUCUUCGUCCGCAACACCGCCCAAAGCUUCUGGGUCAUGCGUCUAAUCGGGUACCCCAAACUCGCUGCCCCAAUCUCUCCCGACGCAGACAUCACAUCCCUCUCCUGCGGUGAGCAUACAGAUUACGGCUGCGUGACGCUCCUUCUCGCGGACCCCACACCCGGUGCGCUCCAAGUCCUGCUCAAAGACGGAAAGACAUGGCUCAACGCCGAUCCUAUCCCGGGCGCUUUCGUGGUCAAUAUCGGAGAUAUGAUUGAGCGGUGGACCAAUGGGCUGUGGAAGAGCACGAGGCAUAGGGUAAUUCACCGUGGGGAAGGAUAUAGGGUGAGUGUGCCGUUCUUUUUUGAACCGAACUUCGAGAGCGUGGUGAGGCCACUUGAGCAUUGUGUGAGGAAAAGUGGAAGGGAGCCGAUACAUGAGGGCAGCACAUAUGGGGAACAUUUGCUGGGGAAGGUUUUCGGCAACUUUUAUUAG